AUGGAAGGGCGAGGCACAGCACAGGAGGGGUAUGCCGAAGAAAAGGGUGAAGAUAAAGCGCCGCCAGUGGACCAGGCGGCAGCUCUAGCAAAAAUGCUCAAAAUGCUGGAGAAGAUGGAGAGCCGUGUUAGUCAAAUCGAGGCUCGUCAAAAUGGGAGCAGCUAUUUUGGAAGCGCUCCAAAGUCUCAUCCUUUGUCAACGGAGGUCCCUCACACAGCACCGCGAGGUCAAGGGCGCGGCCACGAUUGGUCGUGCAAUAUCUGA